GGGCCUGUUGCGAUAGGACAAGGGGUGAUGGGUUUAAACUGAAAGAGGGGAGAUUCAGACUAGAUAGAAGGAAGACAUUUUUCACAAUGAGGGUGGUGAGACCCUGGCCCAGGUUGCCCGGAGAGGUGGUCGAUGCCCCAUCCCUGGAAACAUUCCAGGGCUCAGGUUGGACGGGGCUCUGAGCAACCGGAUGUAGUUGAAGAUGUCCCUGCUCCUGGAAGAGGGGUUGGUCUAGAUGGCCUUUAAAGGUCCCUUCCAACUCGAACUAUUCUAUGACUAUAGCAGUCUGCCUGCCUUGCCUUCGGCUGAUGAGGGGACUGGAACACCUCUCUGAUGAAGAAAGGCUGAGGGAUUUGGGGCUGUUCAGUCUGGAAAAAAGAUGACUGAGGGGGGAUCUUAUCAACGCUUAUAAAGGUGGGUGUCAGGAGGAUGGGGCCAGGCUCUUCUCAGUGGUGCCCAGUGACAGGACAAGGGGUAACGGGCACAAACUUGACCACAGGAAGUUCCACCUAAACACGAGGAGGAACUUCUUUCCUGUGAGGGUGGCGGAACCCUGGCACAGGCUGCCCAGAGAGGUGGUGGAGUCUCCGUCUCUGGAGACAUUCCAAACCCACCUGGACGCGUUCCUGUGCCACCUGCUGUGGGUGACCCUGCUCUGGCAGGGGGUUGGACGGGAUGAUCUCCAGAGGUCCCUUCCAACCCCACCACUCUGUGAUUCUGUGCCGAAGGGGGGUCCCAGGGGGCACGUAACCAGCUCAAAGCCCUGCUGGCCUCCCUGGCCACGGAGUGUGCCCAGGUCUGCCUGGUCUCUGCUGUGCUUCCACCCAAAGCACAGUGUCUUUGCUGGAGACCUCUCAGGGGUACUUUGUGCAGGACACAGUGUCCUUGGGAGCAGCCUCGGGGCUGGAAUGGGAGGAGCAGUAGCACCACAGUCCAGUUCUGCAAUCCCAGGCCAGCCCUUCCCAGUGGAGCCCCAACUGGGCACGGUACCCCAGGGUGGGGGAAACCUGGUCCCAUGGGGGAGCACAGCAUGGGAAUCUCUGCGGGAUGGAGAGGCUGAGAACCUUAAUAGGAUGGGCCAGGCAGCCCUGGGCUGCAUGAAUUUGCCCAGAAGGUGGUAACAUCCCCAAGGAAAAAGACUUUGGGCUGGUGCUGGGUUUUCUCAGCAGGGUUCUGCCCCAUCUGGAAAGAGCUUCUCCUUGGGGGGAUAUGGGGGGAGAUGAGGCUCCUUCAAAACCAAGCCUAGUCUCAGGUGGGCAGAGCAACCUGGCUUGCAGGAGAGGCAAAGCCAGCGCUCCUUGCCUCAGAGGCCACCAUCUCCUCUUUCUCACCUGGAGGAUCUGCUGUAGCACCUCUGUCCCUCUGGGUCUGGCCUUUUCUGGGGUCAGACCUCUCCCCCAGACCGCGGGCUUGCCUGGAAGCACUGGCUUUGCUGGGAAUCUUGAGGCCCUGCACCGCUCCGCACAGGAGCCGCCCCCCCCUUUCCCAGCCAGGAGCAUGAAUGCCACCGUCCCCCCAGCCCCAGGCUUCACCCCCCAAGCAGACAGAGCAUCGGGGCAGUCUACUGGGCUGGAGCCACGUCUCUGCCCCGCCGAGGCGAGCUGUGCCCUGACAAGCUCCAACAAGCCCUGGCACCCGCAGCCCGGUGAGUCACAGGACCAGUGAGGUUUUUUUCCUCCCAAACCAGUGGCAUUUUGGCAGCUGAGACUUUCAAGAGGCUGUGAAAAAGGGGACAGCAGGGACCAUCUGCAACCUGGGUGCCAGCCUGGGCUUGGGGACAGAGUGGCCGUGGCUGGAGGUAGCAGCGCUGCCAGAGCUUGGACCCCUGGCUCCUUGUACCCCCUUUUUGGGGGUCCCAAGCAGCCCAGGUGCCCAGGCAGGGACAGGAGGAGAGGCGAGAUGCCCCUGUGAAGUUCAGGAGUGCUGGGAGCAUCCCCAGAUGGAGAGGGAGUCCCUUACUCCACAGGCACUUUCUGUAGUGGAUGGGCAGGUACUUUCUGGAGCAGUUGCAGGAGCUGGGACACCCGGGUCCCACUUCUGUCCUGGAGCUGGGGCUCUGCUGUGCCAUCCCUGGCCUAAGGGCUAAUGCCAACCCCUUCCUGGCUGUGUCAAGCCCCCAGCUUCUUUGGAGCUCGCUCUCUUCCCCGUGCCCAGGCUGACAUGUGCUUUUCUGAGCCCGUGCUCUGCUUUCCGAGGCCCUCGGGAGGCUGCAGGGAACCGUACCCACGCCAGGCACCCACUGCUCCAUGGGUGCUCCCUGGCAGGGAGAUGCCGGCUACAGCUUUCUGAUGCAUCCUCAGGGGAAGCUCUGAACCAUCUGGGCUCUUCCCAGCCACCUGAUUUCCCACGCAAAUGCUCGCUUGUCUUCGCUCUUUUCUUUCCCAGCUCUCAUCUGUGGCCGGAGGAGUCGGUGCCCACCUGGGCACCUCCCCGGGCAUUUGUCAGCGCUGCGAUGGCAGCAGGAGGAGAGAAAUCCCUGUGAGGAAUGGCUGAGGGGCAGGAGCAUGGGUGAAGGGCCUGAUUCUGCAGCUCUACGGCUGUGCUUAGCCCAGCCCUGGCUCAGACAUGGCCAAGCCUCCACCGAGCGCGCCCCCUGCCCCUUGACAGAGGUUCUCCUGCCCCAGUUGUUCCACACAAACCAGCUGCAGCCCGCCAGUCACCGUGGUCUGGCUCCAUCCUCAUCUCUCUCCAUGUUUCUCCCUUCUGCCCCAUGCCACGUGCGGGAUCCUGGGAGAUGAGCUGUGCCAGGAGUCCCACAGCUGUUUGUGGGCAGCUUAUACCGCCCCCCAUCACUGCCAGCCCCGUGAGAUGGAUGCAGAUGGUGCCCUGGGGACAUAAGGACAAAUGGGACUGCUGAAAGCUGGGACGUGCUCCAUCAGCUUGGCUGAUGGUCUGCGGCGCUGGUGACACAGGAUGGUUGCCUACCUGCUGUGGCAGCAGGGUUUUUGGCUGAGCUCGGGGGGCUGAUAAAUCUGUGAGCAUCUCUCUCUGCUCCCCUGGGAAGUAGGACAUCACAGGUCACCAGGGAUGCGGGUGGCCCUGUGUGCCCUGGGUGUACCAAAGGUGGUGGGAGGAGGACUGGAAGCUCUGCAGGUGAAGUCCACCCUGGCAUUACUAGAAGCCCAGCUGCUGGGGAUGAGAACAAACCUCAAGGGGCCGCUGGACGUUGAAGCACCGUGAACAUCAGCCCAUAGGAAGCCCGGUCUUCCCUUCGGGUGCCGGGACAGCAGGCUAAUUGCAGCGCCAAGUGGCAGCAGGUCAGGCGAUCCCGUUUUUCAAGCCAACAGGAGACUGGCACAGGACGACCCAGCUUGGACCUCUUCAACUGGGAAUCACCCUUGGUGAGUGCUUUGCCAUCACAGGCAAGGUCAACUGCUCCCCAGGAGCCCAUCCUUCCACUCACCGAGAAAAGCCUCAUCCCAGGGAGCAGAUGCUGGAGUUGAGCUGCCAGUGACCCUGUCAGCCAUGGUAACUUGGAGGCCAGGGAUGCCCAGGCACCUUAAGGUGCUCCAGGGCAGGUGUUCCUCAAGAAGCCUCAGUGAGGGGCCAGACUGCAGGUCUCUCCGCCCAAAUGCUUGCCAAGUGGUGUCAGCUUUUCCUUUGCACGUGUUCCGAGUGUUUGUGCUCCUGCAGCUGAUUAUCUCCCCGUUUCCUCUCCUGCCUGAUGUUUCCUGCCUCGCUUACUCCCUUUUGCUGGCUUUGCCCUUUGUGUCAGGCUUAUCUCCUGGCUCUGGGCAGUGUCAGACCUCAGCGUCCGCCCUGCCCACCGCGAUGGCAACGCGCAGCCCUGAGCACCAUGCCCUGUGUCCUUUCACAGCACGGUGUCCCAGGAGACACUUGAGAUGCCAGCUCCACCUGGCCGUCUAGCAGCUCCUUGGGGGCAGGGGCAAGCUGGGACAGAGCAAGGAUGAUGUAGGAGCCAUCUGCUUUUAGCGGCUGAUCUAUCUCUAUCCUGAAGCUGGGGGACAGGAGCCAACUGGACCAGCACGUUGCCGCAGGGGGUGGCUGGGUCCAGCGGUAGGGAAAUCUGGGCAACCCCUCAGGAACCCUUUACGCAGGGGCUGCACAAGGGCACGGGAACACGGCUGGGGACUUCCCAGGGACCAGGUGGGGAGGUUGUCACCCAGAGCAGCUCAGACAGCCUCCACCAGCCCCCGUGGAGCCAUGGUAGCAUCUGCAGGCAAAUGCACCUCUGCUCUGGGGAGCCUGGCAGCUCUCCAGGCCCUUGCGAUUGACUUCAGUGGUGGGAAGGGCACAUAUUUUCCAGGGUCUUUCACCAGCUGCCUUCUUUCAGACCAGUAAACACUGAGAAGGACUUGUUGCAUCAGGAGCUUGGGUCGGGCAGGUCUGUGGGUCAGGACAGGAGUGGGGAGGACACGGGGAGUCCUUGCCAGGACUUGCCAGGACCAGGGCAAGACCCAUUUUGAGAGGCAAUCUCCCAUGCCCCCUAAGUGGGACAAACAGCCGCAGGCAGAGCCCCCGCGGAAGGCAAAGCCCUGCUCCAGGGGGCGAGAGCCAAAAGAGGAGACCGGGAACGGAAAAGGGCUGCUCCUGUGACACAGAUGCGGAGGUGGAGCAGGAGGCAGGUCACAAACAGCCGGCACACGAGGAAGCGCUGGGACACCAGCCGGUGUGGCCAGGGCGGCCAGUCGCAGCGGCUCCAGGUGCAGCAGAACUUGGCUGGCCAGGGAAAGACCAGGAGCAGAACUGCAGGGACCUCAGCCAGGACUUGGAGAUCCCCUCGGCAGGAGCCUUCUUCCAGCCAAAACAGCUCUUCGUUCUGCCAAGCUGGUUGGAUCCCGCCUGGUGCUUCCUUCUGGAAGUACCGACCCCCGACCUGCUGGGGGAGGCAGCAUGGAGGUGGCAGCUUUACCAGCUUUGCACAGAUUUAACUCAAAUACCUAAUAAACAGUUUGGAGGAAAUCUACCUUGGGGAAGAAAAUUGCAGCACUUCACCAGCUUCGUUUGACAAGCCGGGGUUUAAUUGAACCCCCUGGUCUCCGGAGGUGCUACCUGCUGCUCCUUGGGGAGGGGACCUUAAUGUCCUGUCAGCACAGGCUGGGGCCGUGUCCUCCCUGGUGGUGACCACCGCGGGACACCUUUCCCGAGCAUCAGUGUCCAUGCAGGAGCAGAGGGAGGCCCUCCAGGUCACACUCAACGAUGUCACUGUCUGUGCGCCCGCAGCGCCGAGUCCUCGUCACCAAGAUCAAUAGAAGCCAGUCCUUCGCCGGAGUGAACUCGACAGCCGACCGGCCUUUCAGGAACCUCUCGCCCUUCACCCCCACCGUCUCCCGCAAGACUGGCUCCAGGGUCAGUAGGAUGUUCUCAAUGUCCCACAAAUCCCCACCACCCAAGGUGCCUCAGCCCAACCGCCUGGACGAGGUGUACGAAGCUCUCAAGAAGGGCCUGACAGCCUACCUGGAGGUGCACCAGCUGGAACUGGAGAAGCUCAGCACCCAGAUCCGUGAGUCCAAGAGGAAUUCACGCUUGGGCUUUCUCUACGAUCUGGAUAAGCAAGUGAAGUCGAUCGAGCGCUUCCUGCGUCGCCUGGAGUUUCAUGCUAGCAAGAUAGAUGAGCUCUAUGAGGCUUAUUGCAUCCAGCGGCGGCUCCGGGAUGGAGCCCACAACAUGGUCAAGGCUUACAGCACGGGCUCGCCGGGCAGCCGGGAGGCACGCGAGAGCCUGGCCGAGGCCAGCAAGGGCUACAAGGAGUACACGGAGAACAUGUGCCUGUUGGAGAACGAGCUGGAGAGCCAGCUGGGCGAGUUCCACGUCCGGAUGAAAGGACUGGCAGGCUUUGCCCGGCUCUGUGCUGGUGACCAGUACGAGAUCUUCAUGAAGUACGGACGGCAGCGGUGGAAGCUGCGGGGGCGCAUUGAGGUGAACAGCAAGCAGGUGUGGGACAGCGAGGAAAUGGUUUUCUUGCCCCUCGUCACUGAGUUCCUCUCCAUCAAGGUGACGGAGCUAAAGAGCCUGGCCAACCAUGUUGUGGUGGGCAACGUGUCCUGCGAGACCAAGGACCUCUUUGCGGCUCUGCCCCAGGUAGUGGCUGUGGAUAUCAACGACUUGGGCACCCUCAAACUCAGCCUGGAGGUGACCUGGAACCCCUUCGACAAGGACGACCAGCCCUCGGCAGCCAGCACCGUCAACAAGGCCUCCACGGUGAACAAGAGAUUCUCCACCUACAACCAGAGCCCGCCCGACACGCCGUCCCUGCGGGAACAGGCUUUCUAUAACAUGCUGCGGCGCCAGGAGGAGCUGGAGAACGGCACAGCUUGGUCCAUCUCCUCCGAGUCCUCGGACGACUCCUCCAGCCCCCAGCUGUCCGGCAGCGCCCGCCAUGCCACGCACAAGCCCAUCGUGCAGCCCGAGGUGCAGGCCUCCGCCCCCGCCAUUGAGAUCUCCUUCUCCCAGCAGCCGGAGGAAGCUGGGGCUGGGGCCGGCGGCGUCUGUGUGCCCCCCUCCGGGAGCCAGCCGGAGGAGCCGGGCAGCCGUAAGAAGGAUGCGGUGGCCAACGGGCAUGUGCCCUACUCCCGGACUCUGAGCCACAUCAGCGAGGCCAGCGUGGAUGCCACGAUGGAGGCCAAGGCUGUGGAGAGCCCUUGGGAGCCCGCGCCCAGCCUGGAGGACAUGGGGACGGGCGAGCAGGAUGUGGACCCCCUCCCCGGUGCCCCGGUGGCAGCCGCCGCGGCAGGGCAGGACAAGGGCGCCGAGGCCAAGCCCCGUGCCACCGCGGCAUGGGCCACCACCUGCGAGGUGGAGGCCGGCGGGGAUGAGCCGGUGCAGAGCCAGGCGCCGUCACAAGGCAGCUGUGGCACCGGGGUCACGGCGGCGCUGGCGCAAGCCCCCUCGGAGGAGAGGCCCAUCCCGGCCCCGCCGCUGGCUGCUGGCGUCCCCGAGGUGCCGCGGGCGAAGGUGGUGGAUUCGGGUCUGGAGGAGGCCAUUGGCCUCCUGGGCUCGGCCCUGGACGACUAUCGGGGGCAGUUCCCGGAGCUGCAGCCCCUCGAGCGGGAGCUCAAGCACCUGGAGGAGAUGCUGCUGCAGAAGCAGGGCGUCUUCCUCAGCCGAGCCUCCAGCAUCAGCCUGACGGUGGAGCAUGCGCUGGAGAGCUUCAGCUUCCUCAACACCUCCGACAUGGAGGACUCGGAAGGUUCUGAGGAGGAGCCUCUCCAAGACGAGAGGAGGGCUGGCAGACCCCGCCGCGGCAGCCGGGCCCCCAGCGCCGGCGAGACGGGGGCAGACGAUACCGGUAUGUGCAGCGGCUCCGAGGCCAGCACCGACCCCUUGAGCACCGGCAACGAGUUCCUGGACAAGGCCCUGGUGCUUCACCUCAACAACUGCAACCGCCUGCUGCUGAAGCUGGGCACCUUCGGUCCCCUGCGGUGCCGGGAGAUGUACGCCCUGGACAGGCUGAUGCGGGAGGCGCAAGUGCUGGAGAUCGUGUGCCAGCUGACAGAGGAGCGAGCGGGAGCCGCCAGCUCUGCUGCCGAAGUGGUGCAGUUCUCGACGCGGAAGGAGGGCGUGCUGCCCCUUUGGGACCGCUGCGUGGAGGUGCCCAACGUCUACACCUGCCCCGUGGAGCGGUUCCUGCAGGCGCUCAGCGCCCAGUACGCAGCACCCAUCAGUGAGCGGCACCCCGGCCUUGCCGAUGCCGUGUGUGUGAAGCUGGUGGAGGACGUGCUGAAUCGGCGGCUGCCCCGGCGGCCCGGCGGCGCCCAGGGCGAGCAGGUCACCAUCUUCCAGUACUGGAGCCACUUCGAGUCGCUCGGCGCCCUGGUGCUUGACACCUACAUGAUGGAGCUGGCAGAGGAAGCGCUGUUGGCCCAGAACCUCAACUCGGACGACCAGGACGUGGUGCUGCGUGCCCUGAAGCGCGUCCCCGAGGGCCGCCUGAAGAAGGAAGGACUGAAGGCGCUGAGCUUGCUUCUCGUGGAAGGCAACAGCAAGGUGGUGAGCGCCGUGUCAGCCCAGCUCCGCAGCCUGGCGGAAAACCCCCGCUUCCGCCAACGGGCUCUCGUGUGCUACCUGGAGCAGCUGGAGGAUGAGGAGGUGCAGACGCGCGUGGCAGGGUGCGCGGCGCUGGGCUGCCUGAAGGCCAAGGAGAGCAUCGAGCAGCUGAUUUACCUGUGCCAAACCGACAAGGAGCCUGUGCGGGAGGCAGCCAAGCAGAGCCUGAUGCUGUGCGGGGAAGAUGGUAAAUCAGCUCACCGGCGGCUGGAGGAGACCCUGGACAGCCUCCCGAGGAUCUUUGCACCAGCCAGCAUGGCCAGUACAGCUUUCUGAGAUGCCACGCAAAGCCACCCGCCAUCCCUCGAGGGCAAAGGCACCGCCAGGCUGCCCAGGCUCGCAGGAAACGGAGCCGACCAGGACCCGGCGGCUCCGGCUGCGGGCAGCACAGCGCAGUAUUCCCCCCGCCGGGCACCGGCCGCGGCCGCACACUGCCUUACGGAGCACCGCUUCCCCCACCACCCACCCCGCGCCGGGUGCCACGUCCCGCACCCUUGGGCAGGGGGGGACCUUGCUGCACAUCCCACCCUCUGAUCGCUAUUUAAAAUAUACACGGGGGAGCCCACUCUUCCUGCCCCCCCACACCCUUCUCCGCCGCUGGGACCGGAGCGGCAGGGAGACGUUGGGAUUUCUCUGCCUCCUCUUGCCUUCCUCUCGCUCGUGGGCACGUGCCCUUGUCCCGGAAGGACUUGCACUUUGGAAACCACACCGUUUCUUUCCAGGGGAACUGCUGCCCUUUUUGCCACCUGGAGUCCCCAGGACUUAAAUAAAGUGAAAUAUGAGAUAUUAA